AAACAAACAAACCUCGCGAAGCCGGUAUCAGAUGAUUAUGUUGGGUCAAUAAAUACGAUAAGCGAAGCAUUCGAUCAGUAUUUGAAAAAUUGUGUUUCUCACCUGGUAUUUUGCCACGGCAGUAUUUCAUUUUACGCCUGUGUGUCCACAACGUUCCAACGAUAGCAACACAUUAAGGUGGAACAUCCGGAAAUGGUGUCCAGAGUUUCUCUUUUAAAAAUAGAACUGCUUGAUGAUUCCACGACGCCCACUGGCGGUAACACGAGGACGAUAGUUGUGGUCGCUGCCGGAGUUGGUGUGGCCACCCUCGCCGGGUACAGUAUUUAUAAAUUGGUGAGGAAAUACUUGGAAAAUCGACCUCCGAAGCGAUGGCGCAAAGUUGGAGAGAUCACCGACCUCAACAUAUUUCCGAUUAAAUCCUGCGGGGCGAUUCGGAUGAGCAGUAUCGAUUGCACGAAAAUUGGUCCACGGGUUGGGCUGCUGCGGGAUCGCGUGUUCAUGGUGAUUAAAACCGACGGCAACUUCAUCACCGGUCGUGCCUAUCCCACAAUGGUGAUGAUCAAGCCAAAAUUCGAUGAGCAGUACGAGACGAUGACGUUGGCCGCGCCCGGAAUGAUGGACAUCAGUAUCGACGUGAAGCGACUGCUCGCGGUGGAACCGGCCAAGGCUUCGGUUUGGGGACAGACCGUAACGGCUGUCGACUGUGGAGAGGAGGUGGCCCGGUGGCUGUCUAGGUUUCUUCUCAGUGAGGACUUCGGACUGCGAAUGGUGUUCUAUCCGCUGGAUUAUCCCACGCGGGUUGUGCGAGAGGUCAAUCGGAUUCAUAUUAAUCUGACACCAAGGGAUUCGGGAGCCCUGCACGACGCUACCAGUUUUAUGCUGCUAACGGAGGCUUCGGUGGCUGAUGUUAAUACAAAGCUUGAUAAACCUAUCACUGCUCUGCAGUAUCGGCCCAACUUUGUGGUGAAAGGACCGGGAGCGUAUGAAGAGGAUGACUGGAAGUGGAUUAAAAUUGGCGAGACGAUUUUCAGGAAUGUGAAAGCUUGUACAAGCUAUCCCAUGCAUUCGCUCCAUGGAUCGGGAACGGGAACGACACUGCUUCGAUAUAACCUCUCAACACAUUUGUUUAUCGGAUUGCAUUAUUUUUAUAGUACAGAUGCAUUUUCACAAACGUCGACCCCGAAACGGGCAUCCCCAGUCCCAACAGUGAACCACUGAACAUGCUUAAAACCUAUCGCAAGAAACCUGGUCUCGGAAACUCUCCCGUGCUGGGAAUGCAGAUGGGCGUCCGCAGGGAAGGCACCGUGCGUCUCGGCGAAACAGUUUACGUUGGGUUCUAGCAUCUGCGCUAAGGCCUCUCGAGAAGGCGGUGG